AUGGGCCUGAACCCGGUGACCCAGGGCGAGCACCGGCUCCGAGUGCCACGGUUCCCGCGGCCCAACUCCAAGUACUGCUCAGCCUCAGAGGAAUCCUUGGGAUGCCAGACGUCAAUUCAACUUCCACCCCAGUCGCCCAAGACGCCCACGUCACCUCAGCAGGGCACAUCAGAUCAGAUGAAAAGCGGCAAACAAGGGGAGAAGACUGAAGUUGACUUGGAUAUUAACCCCAGCCUGAAGAGGGCAGAAUCUAAUCCAUCCGUGAAGCCCGAGAGUCCAGUGCAGAUAACGAAAGAAACAGCUAAGGGCAAACCAAAGCCUAGACCUGGAGACCUGAUUGAAAUUUUUCGAAUUGGCUAUGAGCACUGGGCCAUCUACGUAGAAGAUGAUUACGUGGUGCAUCUGGCUUCCCCAUGUGAGGAAUUUGAAGUCGGCAGCAUCACCUCUGUCUUCAGCAACCGAGCCAUUGUAAAAUACAGCCGUCUGGAGGACGUGUUGCAUGGCUGCUCCUGGAAGAUCAACAAUAAGCUCGAUGGGACAUACGUGCCUCUGCCAGUGGACAAGAUCAUUCAGCGGACAAAGAUGAUGGUCAACAAGACCGUGCAGUACAGCCUGAUUGAGGGGAACUGCGAGCACUUCGUCAAUGACCUCAGAUACGGUGUACACAGGAGUCAACAGGUGGAGCAUGCCUUGAUGGAAGGAGCAAAGGCUGCGGGCGCAGUCCUCUCAGCAGUGGUGGACAGUAUAAGGCCCAAGCCAGUGACCGCCUGA